AUGCCAGAAAAUUAUAUAAUGCUUGUCAACUUAGUUAUGAUUCAAUUAAAUCUGCAAAUGCUAAUGAUAAAUAUUGCUUAUUAUAAUAUCUUAAAUGGACUUUCAAGAGUUCAAGAUGAGGAAGCUUUAUCUAAAUCAAAAUACAUAUAUGUAUUAAUUCUAUAUCAUGAUCAUGGCUCACUUAAAAAAGACCUUGCAAAGUCCAAAAAAUUAUUUAUAGAAAUUUUAAAUGGAAAAUAUUAUAAAUCUGAAUCAGAACUUGGCCUAGCUUUUAAUUAUCUUAACGAAAAAAAUUAUAAUGAAUUUAGAAAAUAUAUCAUACAAGCUAUGUCAGAUAAUGGAAAUUUUGUUGCAAAAUAUAAUCUCAGAAAAGCGUAUUAUUUAGAUAAAUAUGGGUUUAAUAAGGAUAAAAGUAAAGAAUUAGAACUUAUCAAAAUAGCAGCAAAAGCUAAUAAUAAAAAUGCAAAACAGUUUUGCUCUGAUAAUGGAAUUAAAUAUUAA